AUGAAGGAAGCAGACACGGGCUUGUUCCGUAGCUUGUCCGUUGCCGGGUUCUUUUUCAUCCUCUGUGUCAUGCUGGCAUUUGCUGCAAUUUUGGGCCCCCCGAAAAAGACUUGGUUCGCCUUACCCAAGAAGGGCAAUGCCAUGCGUGACCUUCACAUGCGUGACCUUGAACUUGGCGACCCAGAGCGCGAGCUCCAGCGUGAUCGCGAUCUUGAACAUGAGCAUGAGCAGGACCCAGGAAUGCCACACCCGGAUGAGUUCCGGUACGACCUCUUUGCCAACCCCUGGAAGAACCGAUCUCAGGACUCCGUCGCGGGCCCAGAGCCCGCCCAUAUGCCCCUUCUGGGCAGUUUGUCCCGUGGCCUGAACCCCGAGCCUGGAACCCAGCGCGGGCUGGAUCUGCCAGACCCUAAUAUGUUCAAUAUCCCCGCCGAGAGCGAGGACCCCUUUACGGACCCCAUUCCAGAGCCCGCUCCGGUCCGGCCGGCCUUGAUCUCUUUCCGGGCCCUUACGAGCCUCGCCCCGCGCGUGCUCCGGUGGAAGGCGCAGGCGCUGGACGACGACAGGGAGGACAAAAGUGAGGACCGCGGCGUCGAAGGUGCCCCAGCCGCCGCGGAUGGUGUCCCCGACAUGGCGGCUCUCUCAGCCGCCGCGGCCGCCGCCCGGACUCCGCCCGACGAGCCGUUCCCAGAGUGGCUUAUUACUCCCAAAGCCUCCGCCGGCCCCAGAGCCCCGCGAUUCUUCGAGGUUGACGUGGACAGCCCGAGCGUGACGCCGCCGGACCACGACUUCGUCGCCAUGCAGCAUGAGCUUCUGAAGCGUGUGCCUGUCCCUGUGCGCCCUGGCAUGCCUAGGGGCAGUACUUGGCAUCCCAGCCAAGUCGCAGGCGAGGAGUUCUCACGGCCGGUGGUGGCACGUAAUCAGACUACUGCUGAUUAA